AUGCAGCGGAGCCACCAGGCGCGCAAGCACCGAACGCAGCACGACAAGACGGAGGAGGGGCGAUGGGACGCGGGUCCGAUCCCCGCGGAGAAUCCGUCGAAACCGUCGCGGCGGAAGACCGUGCGCCUGGGACUGGGUUUGGACGGCAAAGCGGAGGUGUUCAUCGUGAACAAGCGCGUCGGCGAGGAGUCCCCGGUCGGGAGCGCGAUGAACCUCAUUCACCCCGCGGACGCGAGCGGGCCGGGGGCGGGACCGUCGCCGUUCAAGCGAGACGCGGCGGACGCGGGAGCACCGGGGACGCGCUCCGCCGGCGACGGGUCCGUCAGAGCGCCGCGCGAGAGCAGCGGCGAGAGCAGCAGCGACAUCACCGAGGAGGAUGAUGACAUCGCGAGCGCGGUGAAGGCGACGCUGCGAUCGCUGAACGAGUACGAGCACGAGCACGCGCCGGGGAGGGGGGACGAGAAAGCGGGGGCGACGCGCGGUUGGAACGCGGAGCUCGCGAGUCGCCAAAAGAGCAGGAACCUCGACGACGUGCUCAGCGCGAGCGACCGCGAGACGAUGCUGAGGUGCGUUCUAUACACUGGUUCCCAUACGACCCCGUCGGCGUGGUGA